GAAUCUGUCACCUCACCAAAGUAGGUGUGAAUUGCUGGCUGCAAUCAUGGGGAACCAGCUGACUGAUAUGGCUCCCAACACGUCGUUCCUGCCAAACUUCCAGUCUCUGCACGUGGUGGUUAUCGGGCUCGACUCGGCCGGCAAAACCUCUCUGCUGUACAGGCUCAAACUGAAGGAGUUUGUGAAGACCAUCCCCACCAAGGGCUUCAACACGGAGAAGAUCAAGGUGGCUGUGGGGCCUUCUCGGACCAUAAACUUCCAGGUGUGGGAUGUGGGCGGCCAGGAGAAGCUGCGCCCACUGUGGAAGUCUUACACCCGGCGGACAGACGGGAUGGUGUUCGUGGUGGACUCCACUGAGCUGGAGCGGAUGGAGGAGGCCAAAGUGGAGCUCCACAAGAUCACCCGCACCUCAGAGAACCAGGGGGUCCCUGUGCUCAUCCUGGCCAACAAGCAGGACCAGGAUUCAGCCUUGUCUGUCAGCGAGGUGGAGAAGCUGCUUUCCGUCCAUGAACUGAGCAUGUACACGCUGCAUCACGUGCAAAGCUGCAGCGCCGUGGACGGUCAGGGACUCCAGCCAGGCCUGGAGAAACUUUAUGAGAUGAUCCUGAAGAGGAAGAAGAUGGUGAAGCACAACAGAAACAGAAAGAGAUGAACUCACACUGUGGACAAGAGGAGAUUCAUCCACCGUUGAGACACUUUAAUGGGCCCUUUUAAUGGGAGAACGAUUUGUGCCAACAAAACAAGAAUUACACACGGCCACGGGGUCAGGAGAAAUGGAUUUGCUCAUAAUAAUUGAAGCAGUAUUGACAUAUUCUUUGUUCCGAACUCCUGCAGCUGCCCCUCGAAAGCUCAAGUUAUAGAUUUAAAGGGAACCUUGAUAGCAGUUAGUCUUCACUAAGUGCUUUUCUACCCUUCUAGAUUGCUAGCAAGACAUUUCCCUGUUAACUCUAUAGGACUAAUAUAUGAACACGUGUGAAUCCAUUAGGUCCCUAUAUAAAAUAAUUCUUCACACAGAUUCUCCCCCACUUACGGUAUUAGCUGUUUUUGUUCCGCUGAUGCUUCCCUGAAAUAUUUAUUCCACAUGUUUGUGUUUGUGUUGGACAGAGGGACUUUUCUCUUGUAAAUGAUGUGAAAAGAAACAGAGUUCAUUGGUGACGGAGCGCCAAUUGAUAUUACAUUUAAUUGCCAUGGAAACAGUAAUCCCAAGUGCAUUCCCCUCGUGGCCACAGAGGUUAAGUUUCAUUUACUGUAAUAAUAAUGUUUAUACAAAUUGUACAUUUUUGUAACACUGAAUAAUAAAUCUAAGCACUGUAC